AUGGAUAUGUCCCGUAUAGAGACUAAAAUCGCAGCGAUGCUGAAGGACGGAGCAGUGGACGGACGGCAGCGGCGUUUGUGUUGUUACACAGUGUUUGAGGAGGCAUGUGAAAGCAUAACCCAAAUGUCUUUUUUUGAGCCGACCAAGGAUGGUACGGGGAAAUGGGACAAAAUCCCCGCAGAUCGAGAUUCUAGCGAGAAGGACAACCGUCUGAACCGGGCUCGAACCGCUCGUAAUAAAUGUCCACCACCAACCACCCGGUUGCUUCGCCCAUUGAUAAGUUGGGACAGUUCAACCGAAUCGUCAAGUGCACCGUCGGAUCAAACUCGAAACAAUAUUGAAACAGAACACCCACAUUCGAAGUCGAAACCAGAGGUCAAACAAGCACUGUUCUCGCAUUAUUCCGUGACCCGAAUGGAUACGGACGAAACACCACCGUACUUUUACGACCAACCUCCGCCACCGGUUGUUCGACAGACAUUUGAUCUGAAUCCAAACUACAAGAUCUAUAUGCCGGAAGAAAGCAGCUACACCGCACAAUUGCUUCCCCCGUUGAUUGACCAAGAACGUAUUCCGCACUACAUAAGAUCACAUUACGGCGAUCCUCCACCGUAUUCGACUUUGUGGAAAUGA